AUGGCAGUCCGCACAUUCACCCAACCGUCGUCCCUCGAGGAUACAUUAGUCAAAGCAUCCAAGAUGUCUGGCUCAGAAGGCAACGGCACGACUCGUUCAGCAGAGAACGCAAAGAACAGCACACAGUCUUAUUCUGCAGAGGCACAAGCACCGUUAGCAAGCCACACCAACCCAAAUUCGAAACCAGGCAUUACGUUCGCACACGAAGACAGUCUUCCGAAGCUUCCCAUCCCGGAGCUAGACAGCUCGUGUAAGAAAUAUAUUGCUGCUCUCAAGCCUUUGCAGUCUCCAAAGGAACACAGCGACACGGUUCAUUCGGUAGAGGACUUUCUCAAAACCGAUGGACCAGUGCUCCAGGAAAAGCUGAAGAAGUACGCUAGUGGAAAGAACAACUACAUUGAGCAGUUCUGGUACGAUUCAUAUCUGAAUUUUGACAACCCGGUGGUACUUAAUCUAAAUCCAUUUUUCUUACUGGAGGACGAUCCUACCCCAGCUCGCAACAACCAGGUCACUCGCGCAGCCUCAUUAGUGGUCUCGGCAUUGUCGUUUGUCCGAGCAGUUCGUCUGGAAGAACUACCACCUGACACCAUCCGCGGCCAACCACUGUGCAUGUACCAAUACUCAAGACUGUUUGGUACGGCUAGAAUACCCACCGAAAAUGGAUGCCAGAUUGGUCAGGACCCAACGUCGAAGCACAUUGUUGUCAUGUGCUACGGCCAGUUCUACUGGUUCGAUGUUCUGGAUGAUAACAAUGAUCUGAUCAUGACGGAAAAGGACAUUGCGCUCAACCUGAAAGUCAUUGUAGAAGAUGCGCAAGAAAUACCGAUUCAGGAUGCUGCUAAAGGAGCACUGGGUGUGCUCAGUACAGAGAAUCGAAAGGUUUGGGCGGGUCUCCGUGACGUGUUGCACAGGGAGGAAGGGUCCAAUAACUCCGACUGUCUCAACAUUGUCGAUUCGGCAUUGUUCGUGCUAUGUUUGGAUUACACAGAACCGCAGACAGGCGCUGAUCUUUGCAUGAACAUGCUCUGCGGUACAAGUAAGAUCGAGCGUGGUGUUCAGGUGGGAACUUGCACGAACCGCUGGUACGACAAGCUGCAAAUUAUCGUUUGCAAGAACGGAAGUGCAGGUAUCAACUUCGAACAUACUGGUGUUGAUGGCCAUACUGUGCUACGAUUUGCAUCCGACGUAUACACAGACACCAUUCUCCGAUUUGCCAGGACCAUCAACGGCAGUGCGCCAAGUCUUUGGGCUUCCUCGAGCCCUGAUCCUGCGAAGCGCGACCCAGACAGCUUCGGCGACGUUCAAACAACGCCUCAUAAACUUGAGUGGGAUAUGUUGCCAGAACUGAGCACAGCACUUCGUUUCGCUGAGACGCGCCUGGCAGAUCUAAUCCAGCAGAACGAGUUUGCGACUCUGGAAUUUCCUCACUAUGGCAAGAACUUCAUGACUUCAAUGGGUUUCUCCCCCGAUGCUUUCGUCCAAAUGGCCUUCCAGGCAGCGUACUAUGGUCUAUACGGCCGAAUAGAGUGCGUAUACGAGCCCGCUAUGACGAAAAUCUACUACCAUGGACGUACGGAAGCCAUUCGAUCUGUAACCGAAGAGUCAGUCGACUUUCUGACAACAUUCUGGGGCGAGAACCCAGCAGCGCAAAAGAUUGAGGCGCUCCGAAAGGCCUGCCAGAAGCACACUGAGAACACAAAGAUCUGUUCCAAAGCGCAAGGUCCUGACCGACAUCUUUAUGCCUUAUACUGCAUCUGGCAGCGGGCUAUCGACGAGUCAAACGACACUGCUAGCAGUGAUGGCUGGGAUUCGACACGACCAUCCAGCGCUGAUGCAUCGGGCGUAGGGUCACCCAACCGCAACUCAGUACUAUCAGAGAACGAUUCCAUCUCCAGCUCACCGCCACCAACAGCAAUGCAGCAUUCGAUGCCUGCCCUCUUCGCCGACAGCGGCUGGGACAAGAUCAACCAAACCAUUCUCUCCACCUCAAACUGCGGCAACCCCUCGCUCCGCCAAUUCGGUUUCGGUCCAACAUCCGCCGACGGAUUCGGCAUCGGAUACAUUAUAAAAGACGGCAGCAUCUCCAUCUGUGCCUCAUCCAAGCACCGCCAAACCUCGCGCUAUAUUGACGCGCUCGAAUCCUACUUUUUGGAAAUCAGAAAACUCCUCCGCCAGAUCAAACGCCGUGGUACUUCAGCCGAUAAAACAGCAACCCGUGCCCGUGAAGCGGAAGACAGACCCCUAGCCAGCCGUCUCAAGAGCAGAGGCAGAAUCAUCCUAGGAGACGGCGGCAAGCAACAAACACCCGCAGAGAGUAUAGCAGACGAUGACGAUGACGACGGUCUUGGUGGAUGUAGGACUCCCCCUUCCCCUCCUUCCCUUCUUUCCCUCGAUGAAGUCUCGAGCCAUGCUUCUUGUUCCUCCUCGCCUUCUGAUUCUUCUCCUUCUUCUCCACCUUUUCGAAGGGUGGAUGGUUUACCGCCUACGCCUCCUCAAUCCCCUCCUUUCAAGCCCAUGACGCCUGUUCUGUUGAGCUCGCCACGUAAACCUAUUCCAGUUCUCAAGACGGUCAAAGCGAGGAAGGCGCCUACUGUGGCGAGGAAACCGAUUUUCUACUCUUCUUGA